CUGCUCUUAAGUUUUACAUAUUGGCCUCAGAGCUUUUGUGAGUGUUUUUCAUUUGCACCCUUAUGUAGACCACCUACAUCCAAGUACAGAUCCUUAUGCUCCACCCACAUCCAAGUACAGAUCAUUAUGCUCCACCCACAUCCAAGUACAGAUCCUUAUGCUCCACCCACAUCCAAGUACAGAUCCUUAUGCUCCACCCACAUCCAAGUACAGAUCCUUAUGCUCCACCCACAUCCAAGUACAGAUCCUUAUGCUCCACCCACAUCCAAGUACAGAUCCUUAUGCUCCACCCACAUCCAAGUACAGAUCCUUAUGCUCCACCCACAUCCAAGUACAGAUCCUUAUGCUCCACCCACAUCCAAGUACAGAUCCUUAUGCUCCACCCACAUCCAAGUACAGAUCCUUAUGCUCCACCCACAUCCAAGUACAGAUCCUUAUGCUCCACCCACAUCCAAGUACAGAUCCUUAUGCUCCACCCACAUCCAAGUACAGAUCCUUAUGCUCCACCCACAUCCAAGUACAGAUCCUUAUGCUCCACCCACAUCCAAGUACAGAUCCUUAUGCUACACCCACAUCCAAGUACAGAUCCUUAUGCUACACCCACAUCCAAGUACAGAUCCUUAUGCUACACCCACAUCCAAGUACAGAUCCUUAUGCUACACCCACAUCCAAGUACAGAUCCUUAUGCUACACCCACAUCCAAGUACAGAUCCUUAUGCUCCACCCACAUCCAAGUACAGAUCCUUAUGCUCCACCCACAUCCAAGUACAGAUCCUUAUGCUCCACCCACAUCCAAGUACAGAUCCUUAUGCUCCACCCACAUCCAAGUACAGAUCCUUAUGCUCCACCCACAUCCAAGUACAGAUCCUUAUGCUCCACCCACAUCCAAGUACAGAUCCUUAUGCUCCACCCACAUCCAAGUACAGAUCCUUAUGCUCCACCCACAUCCAAGUACAGAUCCUUAUGCUCCACCCACAUCCAAGUACAGAUCCUUAUGCUCCACCCACAUCCAAGUACAGAUCCUUAUGCUCCACCCACAUCCAAGUACAGAUCCUUAUGCUCCACCCACAUCCAAGUACAGAUCCUUAUGCUCCACCCACAUCCAAGUACAGAUCCUUAUGCUCCACCCACAUCCAAGUACAGAUCCUUAUGCUCCACCCACAUCCAAGUACAGAUCCUUAUGCUCCACCCACAUCCAAGUACAGAUCCUUAUGCUCCACCCACAUCCAAGUACAGAUCCUUAUGCUCCACCCACAUCCAAGUACAGAUCCUUAUGCUCCACCCACAUCCAAGUACAGAUCCUUAUGCUCCACCCACAUCCGUUCAAUGUGUUUUCAUAAAUCAGUCAAACGUUUGGACACCAACUCAUUCAAGGGUUUUUCUUUAUUUUUUUCUACAAUAUAGUUUUAUGAGCUUUUUUUGAAGCUGGUGUACAAAACCUUAAGUAAAAGAUGCAAUAACAAAACUUAAGAACGGGAAACACAGACAUAGCGUACAGAGUAGAUCUACCACUUCUUAGACUGGCUUUCAAUGAGAAUGAUAGAUCUAUAAUGCACAUUUCUUUGUGAAUAUGGUCGGGUCGCCCAAAGAAAAGUAACAUUGAUUUUUUUUUUAUAUUGGAGACUGCGCCCCCCUUGAGUUUACCCGACGCAGCCGUUCUGUCCUGCUGAUGUACGGGAUAUGAUGCUUCCCACGGGAGCAUCCUAUGUCUUAGACCAUUAAACCAUGAGGAAAUUCCCUGUUGUCUGAAAAAAGCCGCUGGUUUUGAAGUACGGAGGAAGGGCUACCACAUGUGACCAUGAGCAAUUAUUCUGUACACGCUUCCUUCUUUUCACUCUGUCAUUCAGGUUAGUAUUGUGGAGUGUCGUGUCUUUACUAUCAUUAACUGAAGACUUUUCGUUUUUAUCAAAGAUUCUCUGUAAUUAGCAUUUCGUGAUGAACUAAUCAGGCAAAUGUAAUUAACUAGGAAGUCGGGGAACCAAGGAAAAUAUUAAGAUUACAAAGUUAUAAUUUUCCUAAUGCAACUUUUCAGAUAUUUUAAUAUCUGAUCAAUUAGUCUUCUUAAUUAAUGAAUAAUUUAUUUUACCUCACGUUAGUCUCAUUCCAAGCGUUGUAAAUUGUUGGUUAUCUGCAUGAACCCAGUCUUCACUAUCAGUCAUCCAUACAUCAAUUGUCUUAGUAAAUAAAUGAUUUAACUAAGUAAUUCACAGAAAUGCAUAAACAAACAGUCGAUAUGGUUACAAGGAAAUGAUGACGGAGUUUCCCUAGCGGGAUAAACCGGCAUCGCGGCUUGGUGCACAAAAGGGAAGUGGGGGUCGACUGAGAAGACGACACACAGUUGAUAAUUAUAACAAUUGAAAUGCUAAUCCUUUGCACAUGAACACUCACUCAUUCGGGAACAAUUGCAAUCAAUAUAUAUUUACGCUCAGUGUGUCGUCGGGGUCUCUGUUGAAAAGUUUCUUUCUUUUGGAGAGUUUCCGUCCUCUCUGUUGUGGUUAGAAUGGGUAGUUCAGAGUGACAUUCAUUCAUGUCGUUAUAGGAUAGAUUUUUCGGCGGUUGUCGGUCUUCGUGUUCAAUGAUACCGAAUUCCUAGCUGCAUACUAGUAAUUAAUAUCAAAGACUUGUUCUUAUUCUGUCGGUAUCGAUAGUCGGAGUUUAACCACGUGGGAUGGUUAAAAGAUUCAGCAAUCUACUUGAACCUUAUUUCCCUCUAUGAUAGAGGUACUGGUCUCGUCUCAACCCUUAGCGCUCUCAUAAUUUGAGGUAAGCUCGGUCUCAAACUUUCGCCCACGCGUUAUCGAGGUAAGCUGGUCUGGUGAUAGAAAAACCCAGGUGGGGGUUUUAUUCGGAACAUAGAAAAGGGCUCAUGACGCCGGGUCCUGUCUGUGCCCCUGGGAUUUAGUGAAACUUUUUAGGGAAUUGGAGUUUCCUUCAUUAAACAGUCCAAAAUCACAUGACACAAUUUCACAAACAGUUCCAUCCUCACUCAUUCAUUUGAUACAAUAAUUAGAUGUAAGCCUCAUAUCUGAGGCUAUUAUAUAAACAGCGUUAUGGUAAUGUGGCCGUAUUGUCUCCCAUUAGUUUCACAAAUGGUACCAAACGGACCGGUUCGUAGCUUCACCGAUCUUUUAUACCUUCUCCAGAACAUAAAUGUUGUUCGGACCUCAAGUUCUGUGAGGUGGAAGAAAUUCCUUUGUUCUCUCUAUGAAACUUCACUCUCUUUCUAUACUGUGGCCAUGAGGAGAUAAUCCCCGGCAACUGAAUUAGGAAGGUCGCCUGUAUUUUUGUAGUGACUGGGUGUAUUGAUAAACCAUCUAAAGUGUAAUUAAUAACUUCACCGUGCUCAAAGGGAUUUCCAACGUCUAUUUAUGUUUUACCCAUCUACCAAUAGGUUCCCUUUUUUGUCAGUCAUGGAAAACCUCCCUGGUCUUUGGAUGAAUCUGUGUUUUUAAAUUCAUUGCCUUGUAGAUAAUUGUAUGUGUGGAGUACAGAGAUGAGGUCAUUGAAAUUGGUACUUAUUUAGGCUUGCCAUAACAAGGGGUUGAAUACUUAACAAAAUAAAUAAAUAAAUGAAUUAUAAACAUUUAUUAAUUCAUAAUCCCACUUUGACACUAUGGGGUUGUGUGUGUGUGUGUGUGUGUGUGUGUGUGUGUGUGUGUGUGUGUGUGUGUGGUGUGUGUGUGUGUGUCUCGGCCCAUGUUGACUCUACAAGGUGUCCAGCGUCCCACAGGGAUUCUGGCCCAUGUUGACUCUACAAGGUGUCCAGCGUCCCACAGGGAUUCUGGCCCAUGUUGACUCUACAAGGUGUCCAGCGUCCCACAGGGAUUCUGGCCCAUGUUGACUCUACAAGGUGUCCAGCGUCCCACAGGGAUUCUGGCCCAUGUUGACUCUACAAGGUGUCCAGCGUCCCACAGGGAUUCUGGCCCAUGUUGACUCUACAAGGUGUCCAGCGUCCCACAGGGAUUCUGGCCCAUGUUGACUCUACAAGGUGUCCAGCGUCCCACAGGGAUUCUGGCCCAUGUUGACUCUACAAGGUGUCCAGCGUCCCACAGGGAUUCUGGCCCAUGUUGACUCCAAUGUUUCCCACAGUUGUGUCAAGAUGACUAGAUGUUCUUUGGGUGGUGGACCAUUCUUGAUUCAACAGUUUCCCAUGUGUAUGUGAAAAAACCUGCAGCGUUGCAGUUCUUGACACACUCAAACCGGUACCUACUACCACACACGGUUUAAAGACAAUUCAAUCUUUUUUGUCUUGCCCUUUGAAUGGUGCAAACACACAAUGUCUCAAGGCUUAAAAAUCCUUCU